AUGAAGGAUUAUGGAUUCUUCCCAACAGUAGAGUCUUGUAAUGCAUAUCUGAGCUCAUUGCUUCAAUUACAUAGAGCUGAUAUUGCUUUGGUAUUCUAUAGAGAAAUGCAGCGUUGUAGGAUUUCACCGAAUGUUUAUACUCUUAAUAUGGUUAUAUCUGCUUAUUGUAAAUUGGGAAAGUUAGAGAACGCUGUUGAGGUCCUUGAGAAGAUGGAAAGCAUGGGUUUUAGUCCUAUAAUUGUAUCAUAUAAUACACUGAUUGCAGGACACUGCGAUAAGGGUCUUCUGAGUUCGGCUUUGAAAUUCAAAAACUUGAUGUUGAAGAAUGGAUUGUACCCGAAUGUGGUUACUUUUAACUCACUUAUCGGUGGGUUAUGUAAAAGCAUGAUAAGGAGUGGUUAUCAUCCUGAUGAGCAUACUUUUAAAAAUGCUGAUAUCUAG